AUGGUCUGCAACCCUAAUGAAUCCCGGCUGUUCACCUUCACAGCACGCAGCCAUGUUCUGCCUCCAAGUUUGGCUCGGCUCCACUCCUUUUCCACUGGGAGCGAGGCAAGGGGUUCUGCAAACAUGCUUGGUUCCUUCAUCACAGUGGGCCUCUCGGAGCCUCAGCUCAACCAUAAAUCAGACUCCACCGAUGCUGAGUUGACACCAGCCUCCUCUUGGAUGUCUCUCUGGUGGACUGGGCCCAUUUACCUGACCCUGAUGCAGUGCAAAGAUGACCAUCCCCUUGCUGCUCCCAGCUUGGAGUGGGAGAGCCUAUUUGUAAAUCACCUGCUGAUGGUCACCGAUUGCUUCUGCAGACCCAUUAAACCACGGGGGCCGGCGGAGCGCGCCACGGUGCACGGCGGCGUCUUCUGGAGCCGCGGCCUGGAGGAGCAGGUGCCCCGGGGCUUUUCCGAAGCCCAAGCGGCGGCGUGGCUGGAGGUGGUGCGCGGGGCCCGGGUGGUGGCUCUGGAUCGCGGGGGCUGCGGGCGCAGUUCGAACCGACUAGCCCGCUUUGCCGACGGCACCCGUGCCUGUGUCCGCUACGGCAUCAACCCGGAGCAGAUCCAGGGCGAGGCCCUGUCCUACUACCUGGCGCGCUUGCUGGGCCUCCAGCGCCACGUGCCGCCGCUGGCGCUGGCCCGGGUGGAGGCUCGAGGCGCGCAGUGGGCGCAGGUGCAGGAGGAGCUGCGCGCCGCGCACUGGACCGAGGGCAGCGUGGUGAGCCUGACGCGCUGGCUGCCCAACCUCACCGACGUGGUGGUGCCGGAGCCCUGGCGCUCCGGGGACGGCCGCCUGCGACCCCUGCGCGACACCGGCGGAGAACUAGCCAACCUCAGCCAGGCAGAGCUGGUGGAUUUGGUCCAAUGGACCGACCUGAUCCUCUUCGACUACCUGACGGCCAACUUCGAUCGACUCGUCAGCAACCUCUUCAGCUUGCAAUGGGACCCGCGCGUGAUGCAGCGCGCCACGAGCAAUCUGCACCGCGGACCGGGCGGGGCGCUGGUGUUUCUAGACAACGAGGCGGGUUUGGUGCACGGUUACCGGGUAGCCGGCAUGUGGGACAAGUAUAACGAGCCGUUGUUGCAGUCGGUGUGCGUGUUCCGCGAACGGACCGCGCGGCGCGUGCUGGAACUGCACCGCGGUCAGGACGCCGCGGCCAGGCUGCUGCGCCUCUACCGGCGCCACGAGCCUCGCUUCCCCGAGCUGGCCGCGCUCGCGGACCCCCACGCUCAGCUCCUGCAGCGCCGCCUCGACUUCCUCGCCAAGCACAUUUUGCACUGCAAAGCCAAGUACGGCCGCCGGCCGGGGACUUAACUCUUCAUGGAAGACCGGGAGACCCGGGGUUUGAAUUCAAUCGCCACUCACUACUACUCAUGGAUGGGGACGGUAGCGACCCACGCCCGGCCAGUGACCUGAGCGCCAAGGUGUCUGAAAACUUAUUGUGCUUCACCCACCUGUCCCUUCCUUAUCAUUCCACGCCGUUUCCAAGUUCGGAGAUGGGCGAGAUGCUUCACAUUCCCUUUCACUCUUGUUUAGAAAAGGAUUCUUUUCCGGUGUCCGGUGAAGAUUGGAUCCGAUCACAAAAAAAAAGCAACGGGCUGCUGGGGGUUGCCCCGCCCCACAACUCUCCCUUUCCCAAAAAGGAAAACUUCCGUGGGAGCCCUUGAGCUAAUUCUGCAGUUUCCUACCAAAUGCAGCGCUGGUGACACCCCCUCC